AAGUUCGGUGGUGCUAGCUUCACCGCUAGUUUACAAAGAGGGAAGUAACGUGUGGGGGGUUUAAAGAAAGGGGGUCGGGGAGCAUUGUUACAGAUUUGAGUUGGUGCCCCAAUGGCUGCUGAAAACUGUAUCUAUCCUCAACACAAUGGAGAAACUCAACGCCAGAGAAAUACCACGAGUGCGCGGAAGUUUGUGUUUAUUGAUGUGGUAGCUAGCUAGUGGCCCUGCUAGCCUGUUAGCGAGGUAGGUCCGCCGUGUCUCAGCUGCGGAACAUCAACUUUUACAACUCGUUCAUCUUAACUUACAAAGUAAGAGAGCUGACAAGCUGCCGGAGAUCUCUUAACAGUUGAAAAAGUUUGGUAGAUGUUGCACCGGCUUACUGGUUUGGCUAUCCAACUCUUGUAAGGUUAUUGCGGGCCACGGUGCUUCAGGUGAAGAUCAGUACCACUGUGUGCCUCUACAAAUGAUCAAUCAGGUCGAUCAGGACCCUUCCUACCCAUCGGACCUAGUUAAUCGUCUUCGUCAGUAAUGGGCCCCCAGUUCAGCUAGUACAACGCGUGGAAACAAUCAGCAGCCCUUUAACUAUGGGAGGAUGUGUGGGGAGAUACUGGGAAGGCUGGGAGGACACACAGAGCAGAGGCUCGUCCAGGAACGGGGGACGAGGGGGACGGAACGAACCUCUGAAGAAAGAACGUCCCAAGUGGAAGAGCGACUAUCCCAUGACGGAGGGCCAGCUGCGGAGCAAGCGGGAUGAAUUCUGGGACACGGCCCCGGCCUUCGAGGGCCGCAAGGAGAUCUGGGACGCCCUGAAAGCUGCAGCUGUAGCCCUGGAGUGUAACGACCAUGAGCUGGCCCAAGCCAUAGUGGACGGAGCCAGCAUCACACUGCCACAUGGUACUCUCGCAGAGUGUUAUGAUGAACUUGGGAACCGCUACCAGUUGCCCGUCUACUGUCUGGCUCCACCCGUCAACCUCAUCUCAGAGCGCAGCGACGAAGAUCCAAGUGACAGCCCCGAACCCCCUGUGGCCCCCAAAAAGGAAUUCCAACUUAAGGUGCGGCUCUCCACGGGUAAAGACCUGCGCCUCAGCGCCAGCAUGGCCGACACCAUAGGGCAGCUGAAGAAGCAGCUCCAGGCUCAGGAGGACUUCGACGCCACUCACCAGCGCUGGUUCUUUUCUGGGAAGUUGCUGACGGACAAGACACGGCUGCAGGACACUAAGAUCCAGAAGGACUUUGUCAUCCAGGUCAUCGUCAACCCGCAGGCCCUCCAAACCCCCAAGCAGUCACCGACCACCACCGCUGCCUCCACUCCCGCCUCUGAAUAAUCGAAAGAUAAAAGAGGAUAGAGGGAGGGAAACGUGCAGUGUGUUGUGAGUAGGAUGGCAGAGAUUAAAAAAAAAAAAAAAAAAAACAAAGACCAGAGGUGCCUCCAAUUGCUGGAUUUUUUAAAACCGCUACUUUUAUUGAAAGAAAUCAAACUGCGAAGGUACGGAACUCAUCUGGAAUGAAAACAUGAGGGAGAAACUUAGAAGUGCUGCUUUCUUUCAUCUACCACAUGUCAUGUACCUUUUCUCUGUGUGAGUCUGCUGGGUUUGUUGUUCUAGUGAAUCCAGUCUCCACACGAUCUCUGAAAACAGCCGUCCUCUUUCUCUCUGAACCAUCUCCCAACAGAAGCUGAUCAUGAAGCUGUGCAGCCUUCCAAUCACACACACAUCAUGCUGCACAUCCAGGCCUCUGACUCUCACCUGUAUCUGCACUGACACUAACCAAGUGCCAAGGGAAGUAUUGCUGGGUGGGUGUCUGUGUUGGUUCAGAAGCACAUCACUACUAUGAUGCCCAUGGACUCGGCACUGCAAUCUUUUUGUCCACAGAAACAGAAGAAGGGGGAGCCGAGAGGGAGAAACUGAACUCUUUUUGUCUCUCUUUUAUUGAGGAAAUAUUAUAAACUGAGCUUUUUUUGCACAUUCGAAUAUUACUAUACUUUUGUGGUAGUUUGUGUGCCUUUUUCAAGACAAAAAAAAAGGGUUAAUGUCCAGAAAGACGCUGGUUUAGACUAAGACUUCUGUAUUUUUUCAAUUCAGGAACUUUGAAAUGGAUCCAAGCUAUUAUUGCUGCCUUUUUUUAAUGAUUUCAUGAAUCUUGCAGAGAAGAGAAUUAUUGUGUGGAUGCUUGUUAGUGUGUGUUGUGUGACUGUGUGUGUUGUGUGCCUGUGUGUUGUGUGACUGUGUAUGUGUCUGUUUUUGGGCAAAAGGAAUAUAUAUUCGGCCCACGUGAUACAUUUCAGUUUGACGUAGCUUACAUAGACAAGACUGUUUCCUUGGUCAUAGCUCUGCAUUCAAUCAUAUCAUACACUCUAGGAAAAUGCAAAAAACGAUGGUAUUAAAAGCUGCAUUGUUGACCACUUUAUAAUCACUAGACCACUAGGGGGCAGCAACACAGUCCUGAUAGACUCAGUUCAGUAGUUCAGGGCUGGUUCUCCCCCUUUUCUUUUGUCUCCAGCUGAUGAAUGUCAAUCCAGCAUUCAUUCUCAUGUCAUGUUCAUGUAGAAACAUUUCUGUUACAUUUGUUGAGAUAAUGUUUGACUUUCUUCACCAGCAGGCGGAUGACAUGUGUUCAACAACUACAUGGUUUUUCUUUUCGUUUUUUGGGGUCGGUCGAUGAACCAGAACAAUGAGCUGCAGACUGUAAAAGUCGUAAGAUUCUCAGUGGGAUGAGCAGAAAACUGCGACUCCUACCAGAAAUAUUGUUGUUUUUCUAUAUCCUGAAAACAUAACUCUGAUGAUGUGAUGUCGAUGUCAUUAAAGACACAUGCACACAUUUGAAGCUAACAUCAGCAGCCAGGGAGGCUCUGCCAUGUGACCCUAUCACGUCCCAGCAUGCCCUCAUAAGGGUUUAACUGUCAGCGUAUUUUGGCCUCUGCAGGGUCUUAUUUCCCCGUACUUGUUUUGAUCAUUUUCUCAUAAUGAACCCAACUUUUUAAAAGUGAAAAACUUCACUCCUAUAGUGCCCCUUUAAUUAGCUAGAAGACAGUCAAAGCAACAGUUUCAGAUGUGAGUGGAGAGUGAGGUGGAUGUGUGAUAGCCUUUUCUGAUAACAAGCAACGUUAUUAAUAUAUCUGAAGAUCUUAACAUUAAGUUCUAGUUUAUGUUUUAACCUGCAAAGGAAAGGCUGCUCUCCAGACUAUAAGCAUGGUGAAGCAAAAAUAAAACACCCUGCUUUUAAAGUUUUUAAAUAGUUCUCAGGUGAAUUCUUUAGGUAGAAAAGAGGCUCAGUAGAAUAUAGGACUAGAUAAAUUAAAUAAUGAUUAUAUAUUUAUAUACAUUAUAAAGAUUUACCUUUCAAAAGUCAAGACCCAGAGUUACUCUUUGCACAAGCUAUGUUGUGUGUUUCUCAGUUUGACACUGGCCUUCUAGCUGAACGUAAUACAUAAAUGGAGAGCUUGUCACCAACCACAGCGGCUGCCUGCGGACUCAAACAUGUCAGCCACCUUCAAAAUUACCUCAAAUUUACCCAGGGUGAAGAUCCCAUCGAGCCAGACAGGUAUAUACUGUGGAUAGAUUCCACAGUACAUAUAUAUAUAUAUAUAAUUCCCACUCUCUCUCCCAGACUUCUAAAUCAAUCCAUUGUCCUAUCUCUAAAAUAUAGGCAUGAAGGGCCCAAAAUAAACCUGUUAAUAAAAUCCUCAGCUGUACUUUGUAAUUCAUACUAAAAUGUUAGCAUGCUAACACACUAAACUAAAAUGAAGAACACAUCAGCAACAUGUUUACAUCAUCUGUGUAAACACAUUAGAGGCAUUUACAUUUCAGAUAUUGGUCGUUUAAAGGUCACUUAUUAUUCAAAAUACACUUUACCAUUCUAUUCAAAAACUUAUGUGUCCCCAGUCUGUCUACAAACCACCCAAAUAAGAGAAAAGUCUGUCCAUCUUUAGUCUGCUCCACUUUUUAGAGAAUGUGUGCUCAAACAGGCCAUUUGGAGAUUUUCCCUUUGUGACAUCACAAAGGUCAGUAACCCCUCCCCCAGUUGGGUGACACUCCUACAGCUAGGUGUUUGUUCUGCCCUCUGAGUCCGCCUUGUCACUGUAAACAAUUGGGCAAGCCCCUCUAGAGGGGCGUGGUCAAAUACAGCUCACUAACAUUUAAAGAUACAGACACAGAAACAGCCUGUUCUGAACAGGGCUGAAAUAGAGGGGUUUAUAGUCAUGAUCAAAUACAGGAUCAGAGUGGAUUUAGAACAAGAAACUUCACACACAUGUUAUCGGGAGCUUUGAGACUUCUUUACACUUGUUGAAGAGGAGGAGAAUAUGUGACCUAAAAUAUGAAAGAUUGAAUUUCAUAUUUAUUUUUCUUUCCUAAACAGGACCCGUAAGGACACACAAUCCCUACUCCUCCUCUUGACACUAUCAUGUCAUGUGAGUUUCAGAUCUGGGUUACAUCCCAUAAUAUUCACAUUCGGGUGAGAAUCGAGAGCUGAUUUGUAAAUGAAGCCAGCAUCGUCCCUUGCAAAGUUUGGUAUUUUGUGUUUUCCCCGACAUUCUGGACAAUACUUCAGCGUGCAUUGUUUUCAUCCACCGCUCCUGUCCUUCAUAUCAAAGCAGUUCUGAUCAUGGAGGGAAUGAAAAGCAGCCAUCAGUGUGAAACCUAACUGAGCCACAGCUCAUCACAUCAAGGACAUGUUUAAGUUUAUAUACACUUUCCAGUCUUUGGGCUUUUUUCCACUGUGUUCUAGCUAAUCACAAUCUUCCGGUUAUUUCUGGGCCUGUUCUCGUUUUUUUCUGUGUUCGAUGGUUCUUCUGGGGACGUUUCUAAAUCAUUGUAUGCAAACUUGAAAAAAAAAAAAAGCCUUUUUCUCUGUAUGUGCAAUACAAUAGACCUAGACCUCAUAUCAUUGUUUGUUUUGUUCGUCUGACUCUACAGACUUCAUGGAGCACCAGCUUUGAGUGUUGUUUAAGAAAUGUCAAAGUGCAGGUGAAAGCCUGCUCUGCUCUGACGCCUGUGUCAGAUAAUCAACUGUUUCAUAUGUUCAUGUUUGUCACUUUGAAAAUGUAUUUUCUGUCGUUGUAUUGAUCUUUACAUUGACUGUCACCUUUCACAGAGUAAUUAUCUACACAUUAAAAUGCCUAUACAAGUUUAA